AUGGUUCAAACAGAAUCUUACGAGUCUCACGAGCUCCAUGAUAACGAUGAAAAUCCUGUUAUGAUAGCUACACAACAAGAGAUGGCCGAGGCGGGUAUACCUUUGCAAUGGCGAGAUUACUGUGCUCAUUUGUUAAUACCCUUAAACAAAUGUCGUUAUAAAAACAAUUUUUUACCCUGGAAAUGUGAAAAAGAGAAACAUGCAUAUGAAAAGUGCGAAUAUGAGGAACAACUGAAUGUUAUCCAUCGAGCUUCUCGCCCAUCUCGGCCUGAUAAGGCACGCAGAUUGGGGUAUAAGGCAAAACAAGGAUUUGUGAUCUAUCGUAUUCGAGUACGUCGUGGUGGUCGUAAGCGUCCUGUACCUAAGGGAGCUACUUACGGUAAACCCGUUAAUCAGGGUGUGAACCAACUCAAGUAUCAACGUUCCCUCAAGGCGACUGCUGAAGAACGUAUUGGUCGUAAAUGUAGCAACUUACGUGUUGUGAAUUCAUAUUGGGUUAAUCAGGAUGCCACUUACAAAUACUUCGAAGUAAUUCUUGUUGAUCCUAGUCACAAAGCAAUCCGUCGUGAUCCAAGGAUUAACUGGAUUGUUUCUGCUAAACAUAAACACCGUGAAGCUCGUGGUCUUACUAGCAUUGGUGUAAAGAAUCGGGGUAUCGGUAAAGGACAUCGCUUUAACAAGACCAAAGGCGGUGGUCGUCAUGCUAGUUGGCUUCGUCGUAACACACUGUCUCUGCGUCGCUACCGUUAA